CUAGAAUGUUACUUCAUGUAAAAUGAAAGUGCACUGCAUACGAAGUAGUUAUUUUAUGACGGUGUUUCUGUCGGGAAAGGAAGAGGAGUCCUCGCUUGAAAAACUGUAAAGAUUGACGCAUUCGCUAAUUCUACAAGUUAUCAAAGACAAGUUUCAAGCUCGUGCCUCAUCAACAAUGGAUGACGAAUAUUCAUAUUACGACGACGACGACGAUUACGAAGAAGAAGAAGAAGGGAAUGAAGAUCUUGGUUCUUUUAAUGUCAGUGACUUUGUUGACAAAGAAGAUGGCGGAGUUAGUGAAACAGUUGAAGAGAAUAUUGACAAGGAAUUGGGUUUUUCAUUUGCUGUCAACAAGAACGAGCAAGAAGAGCAGGAAGAGGAAGAAGAGGACCCAGAAGAAUUUGAACGAAAAUCAAAACAACUGCAAGAGAUAUUCAGUUGUUUGCCACCAGUUCUUAUCAAAAGAAUUCUCCGUCGAGAUGACGUGAAAGGAAAUAUCGAAAAAGCCAGUACGAAGCUACAAGAGUUUCAAGAUAUGGAGAAUCCUGCGGACCUUUUUAAAAAUCCAGCUGAAGGAAAACCAUUGAUUACGAAACCUGAAGGAAAAUUUGAAAAUCCUCAGACACACGGCCCUAUCAAGCAAGCUUGGGUGGCAGAGGACAAAUCUUACGGAGGCCCUGGGCAGGAAAGUAAUAGAGGGAAGAAUAAGAGAAGAAAACCCAGAAAAAAAAAUCAGACGCAAGGGCAACAUGGCGAUGCAGAACGACAAGAUGAAAAAAGAAAUAGUUGCGAUAGCGAUAAGUCUGAUCAAAAUGAGGGGAGCCAAGCUUGUCGGGGCAACAACCCAAGACAAAGAGGCACGACAAGAGGAGGACCACAGAGGGGACCCAGAGGUGGGUUUUUCCAGGGUCCAAACAACAUUCAAGUGUCUAGAGAUGAUCAAUUUUAUGCCCCUCAAGGACAGUGGUCUGGUCAUCAAAACGCCUUUCCGCCGCAGAGAGGACGUGGAAACCAACGAGGACAAAGAGGUGGCUUUCGUCCGAACCCAAUCGCAGGACAUCGAGAUAAUUCGCUUUAUGGAUCUCAGGAAUGGCGCUUUGGUGAUGGAGGCAAUUUUCAACCUGAAAUGGGACGUGGAGGUCAAGGCAGUCGAGGGCGUCAACCAAAACCAAAACCGAAGCCAAAGGAUAGGGGACGAGGUGGGAGACGGGGUGGCAAUUUCCAGGAGCAACAUCAAAUCCCAAGAGAUUUUGAGGAGGGUGAUCAGUUCUCAGAUGCUAAAGACUACUCUCAAUUCAUGCAAAGACAACCAAACCAACGAAAUGCAAGAGGAAGAGAUCCUCAUGAAAAUCAGGUGCAUCCAGUAUCCUUGAGGGAGCUUGUCAGUGGUAAAACCCCGUCCCCCAGUUCUUUCGAUGAUUCGGAUGCAGGGAAGGUUAGAAAAGAUGAACCCAGCAAACACAGACAAGGAGACCGCGGUAGGCCACGGAACCGCGGUGGUAACAGAGAUGGUAUUCAAACUGGAAUAAGACGAACACAGAGCAAGUCCAGUGUGGCGGAAGAGGGGCCUACUGAUCAGUCUCAAUUUGAAAGAAAUAAAAUACUCAUUCGAGGGCUGAGUGGGAAAACUUCUCGGGACGGACUGGUGAACUUUAUCGAGGCAAAGAGCGGUGGGGAAGAGGUUAAGGACGUACAGAUGCUGAAGAAUGGAAAAGCCCUAGUCACCAUGGCUGAUGAUAUCAAAGAUUUCAGGAAAAUAAAGACUAAAUGCGAGGAGAGAGGUCUGGAUAGUGCAAAGGUUUCGAUCGAACAAGUCCCGGUUUGCAAAAGCAUCCUUGUCACUGGCUUUUCAGACAUUACCCAUGAUUUUAUUGAACUGUACUUUGAGAGUCCUCGAAAUGGUGGGGGUCCUGUGGAGAAGGUUGACUAUGUCCCCAAAAGUGGUCGAGCUGUGGUUGUCUUUCAAGAUGCAAAAGAUAUGGAAAGGGUUUUAACCAGACAUGAAGAGAAACCUCACGAGUUUCACAAAACCCAGCUUUCAAUUAAAGCUUACCGAGAGUUUCUAGAAGACGAAGACGUUGAUGGAGCAGAGGAUUCCGGUGACUUAGGAGCACCUACAACCGAGGCCAAUGAAUCUCGAGUGAGCCCGACACCCGAUGCUAAAGAACAACAGCUGCACAUAGCUGUAGAUCCCGAUGUUAUGGAAUACGUCACAUCCACAGGAUUCCAAGCUGAACUGAACAAUUCGCUGGCUGGAAAGAAGAGCGAAAUCACCUGGAAACCCAACAACAAAAUGGCUGUUAUAGUGUACCGUGGGGAAGAUGACAGUGAUUCCUGGCAAUCUGAAUGCAUUGACCAAGUACAAAAUUACCUCGGCAAGUUUGCAAAGUGCGAUGUGCAGGUCAACAAAGAUUUCUGGGAAGCCGUGGUAGCAAAAGUUCCCAGCAUACGCACCUGCUUGGGAGUUAAUCCCCCGCUGGUCAAGACUAUUCCUGAUUCAAAUAUUGCUAGGAUCGUUUCAUUAGGAACAGACAUGAAAAUUAGCGAAGAAAAGGUGAGGUCGGAGUUAGAAGAAAUCUACCGCGAGGAGACCAGAAAAACUUACCUGAGGAAGAAAAUUCCAAAUAUUGCCGAGGAGCGCUUAAUUUUGCUGAAGAAGAUAAAAUUUGCCGAGAACCUCCAAGAAAAGAACAAGGAGCUGGAGAUCAAGUUUGAUACUGAUGGUGAAGAAAUAUAUUUCGAAGGUCCCCAGCCACAGUUUAUUGAGGCAACCAUGAAGUUCUACAAACAUAUGUCUGAUAUGGUUGAGAAGAAACUAACUUUAUCCGACAGCAUCCUGGAGAUUUUAAACUCAGAUGAGGGGCUUCAGACUGUCAAAUGUGAGUUGGAAAGAAACAACGUGGAAGCAGUGUUCGUUAUUGAGAAAGACGCCACCAUAGUGGGAUCAUCAGCAGCGCAUGCAGACAACGCAGCGAGGCUCGUGAACAAGUUGAUGGUGGAAGAGAAAGUUCAAGUGGACGAGAAAAGCAAGCAUUUGUUGAAGUCAUCUGAAUGGCUGAAGUUGUGUGACGAGAUGGACCAAGUGGCUGUCCGUGUCCGGAGGGACAACUGGAACGAUACAUACGUCGCUGGGUUCCGUGAUAACGUGACCGAAGUGAUAAAGAAGUUAAAUACCUUUCUUGAAAAAAAUUGCAUGAGGGAGGAAAGUUUCGUGUGCCUGUCUGAUAUUAUGCGAAGGUAUUUUCUCGAGCUACGUCAAGAAGAUCUACGCACCAUAGAAAAUCAACUAAAAGAUUUUGUAGUGAGUAUUAAAAAGGGAAAAGACGAUGAUGAUUUUAUCAUUUCUGGAAACAGAGAAGGUUUGAAACGUGUAAGAAAGAAGCUCGACGCUCUGAUAGAUUCCACUGAGUUGAAAACCUUUGAAGUGAAACAGCCAGGUCUUCGAAAAUACUUUGAGAGUGGAAAAGGAGAUCGACUGGUAAAAUCGGUGGAAAAAGAUCAAGACUGUGCCAUAAAAGUUCAGAAGAAUUUAAGUCGAGGAGGAAGGGACGAGGAGUUGCGCGUCGAAUCUGUAUCCGACGCCUCUACUUCUUCAGGCGAUAGUGAAGAUGAUGUGGAAGAUGACCACGCUACCACUGCUGGAACUGACUCGUCUACCCUGGUAAUAGCCCAAAGGCACAGAGUGUCGUGGAAACCUGGAAACAUAGGAGCAGAGAAGGCUGACGUACUUGUCAGUUCUCAAGGAGUAUGCGAUCAAGCAAUCAUUAAUGCUGGUGGUCCUCAGGCCGCAACCCCCAACGUUGGUGACAUCACUGUCUCACGUGGUUUUUCCUCGGUCAGUCACGUGAUUCACACUAACUGUUGUAAGUGGAAAAACGGUGGAGGGGAGCCGACGCUAAAGGCCAUCGUUCAAAAGUGUCUGCAAAAAGGCGAAACGCUUGGAGCGAACUCCAUCGCAUUUCCUGUCAUUGGGACUGGAAACCUACAAUUCCCACGCGAUACAGCCUCAAGAAUCAUGUUGGGGGAAACAGUCGAUUUCUGCCGAGCCAACCCUGGCUCAAAUUUACGGGACAUCCGAUUUGUCGUGUUUAACCAAGAUCAAGCAUUAACUGCUGCCUUUAAACAAGAGAUGGACAAACUGCAACCCAAGCACAUUGGCCUCUCUGCCAUCAAAAAAUACGGGUACUCGUUUUCUCCAAAAGUAGGUGUGGCUCAGCGCAUGACCUCAACUAGCCCUUUCAGUGUCGAGGUGAUAAACGAUACUGACUCAGAGAAUGCAGCAGCCAGAGAAACCAGAAGUCGCGGACGUAGGCAGGAACUAGGCCAAAGUGACGAGCAUUCUGUAAGAAUUUCUGUGAUCGGCAAAGACAAGGUGAGCGUGGGAAAAGCCGUGGAAUCCUUGAAGAAAGGUUUUUCUGACGCUUGUACAAUGGAAAAAGUCGAAAGUGAAAUCGUCAGUCAGCUUUCCGAUAAGCAGAAGGAUAUCCUGAGGAAAAAAGCUAAAGACCGUGACGUCAAACUUGAAAUUGAGGAAGAGGUGGAUCGCAUUGUUGUUCGUGGUGGACCAACCGAAGUAUCUGGAAUGGUCGGGGAGAUCUGGAAAGAGAUCAGCGAGAGGACGAAGAAGAAGCAGGAGGAAGAACAAGCGAAGUUGGUUUCAAAGAACGUAGAGUGGACCUAUGAAAUUCAAGGCACAAAAAUGGUGUUUGCUCCGAAAGCAAAUGCAAAGAUUGAGCUGGCCCACAGCAAAGACGAGCACACAGUGCAAGUUUCUUUACGCGGAGACAUGUUUGUCAUCGACUUGAAGAGAAACUCUGGAAGUGGACAAACGUCUGGUGAACAAAUAACACUGAUAAGAAAGGUGAAGGGUGCUGAUGAAGGAAUUGCUUUACCAAAGCACUGGGCACCAAUGCCCGGCCAUGACUCUACUGCACAUAAAGUACAACUGCUCCCAGGCUCCCCUGAGUAUCAAGAUGUCGUGCGCAAGUUCCAAGCCACAGCCGGUGCGUUAAAUAUUCAGAAGAUUGAACGCGUACAGAAUCCUCAUCUGUAUCAGUCUUACAUGGUACGAAAACAGAAAAUGGAUAAAGAUACGGGAGAAAAUAGUGAAAGACAUCUGUUUCAUGGAACUGAUGCUAAAAACAUCAACCAUAUCAACACACAAGGAUUCAACAGAAGCUUCUGUGGGGCUCAUGGCACGGUCUAUGGACGUGGUGUUUAUUUCGCUAGAGACGCUCAAUACUCUGUUAAUUACGCUGGGGGUGUUGGUUAUGGAAGUCGUCACAUGUACCUUGCCAAGGUCCUCGUUGGGCAGUAUUGUGUUGGGAAUCGUUCAAUGGUUGUGCCUCCACCAAAAAAUCCAUCAAAACCUGAAAUUCUUUACGAUUCUGUGGUAAAUGACCGAUCAAGCCCCAGCAUCUUUGUUGUUUUCUUUGAUAAUCAGUGUUACCCUGAAUACCUUAUAACCUUUUCAUGACCACAUGGACCUUUUACUCAGAAAAUGGCAGAGUUAAAAGCCAAAAAAGCUUGACAAGCUUCAUAGUUUAACUUAGUUUAUCAGUUAUAUAAAUUGCAGAGAAUAGUUAUCCUCCACAGACAAGGGAACAUCAUAUAAAUGUUGGUAAUAGUUUCUCGAUAGAAUUCUUAACUGUCUUAACUCAAAACUUAUUCUUCAUCUUAUAAAUUGAAUGAUUAUAUCCUUGAA